GUUGCAUACCUACUGUCAAGCGUCAACGCAACAAAUUCAGAAUAGUUAAGGAACGGGUUGCCGUUUUUCCGGCGAUCAGUACGAGAUGAUCAGCGAAAUCGAGAAGAUGAUCGGGGUGGGCCUGGUAUGGGGUUCCACCAACUCGCUCAUGCGCCGCGGAGCACUGCUCUGGGAACAAAAACUCCAAUCCACACCGCCGGCUUCACGCGAUCAACGGGGAGUCAUCGGCCACGUCCUGAAGUGGCUCGACCUUCUCCUUUUGUGGCAAUACUCUGUCCCAUUCCUUGUUAACCUCACUGCAUCCGCCGCCUUUUUCUACAUCCUCGGCGAUUCUCCCAUCUCCGUUGCCGUUCCCGUCACAAACGCCACCACAUUCGCCGCCACCGCCGCCUCUGCUAUUCUCCUAGGUGAGGAGAUGCGGAUCGGCCCUGCUCUUCUCGGCAUUGCUCUCAUCGUGCUCGGCGUUUGGAUAUGCAUCACGUAAGUGCAUCUCCCCCCCUGGAUUGCUGAAGUAUUGAGUAAUGGGGAAAAUUGGCACGCUUUUAUUUCUGUAGCUGAUUCGCAAUUUUGAUCAUUUGAUGUACUGCACGAGCUAAAUCUCGUUUAGAUUAAGUUUUUAAGAAAUUUGUAGCUUCUGAGGGAUUUUGAUUGACCUGUAAUGUAAUGUCAUGUAUGAAAGCUUGAUUUACCAUAUCCUUGAAUCAAACUACGGCCUUGUUAGCUGUUUGCUUUCAUCUACUAAUUAAAAUUCAACUUACGGCU